AUAGCGAAGGUCGGGGCAGGCACGGCACGCGCGCGCGGCAGGCUGUGGCACGCAUGUUUAGGAUGCCGGUGACGGCGGAUCGAAGGCUGUUUCUGGUUGGCGCACUAAUGACCCUCGCCUGCCACCGCGCGCGGACAGAGAACGCAGAAGAGGAGGUGAAGAAGGCGAUAUUGCGCGACUAUGACCGGACGAGUCGGCCGUUUCCCGUAUAUCCAUCGUCACCGGUUGUCACUUAUAUAACCGUCAUGCUGCGCAGCUUUGAAAUCGACGAAUUUCAUUUGAGCAGCACUAUCAACGCUUGGGUUGUAAUGAAUUGGCGUGACCCAAGGCUGGCGUGGCAGCCGAGCGACCACGGCGAUGUAUACGUCGUGAUGAUGACCAGCCAGCAGAUCUGGCUGCCCGACAUUGUGCUCAUCAAUGGGGUUUCGCACCUGGAGCCCACAUUCAUGCACGUGCCGGUGCCGGUGAGCAGUCACGGCUCGGUCGUCUGGGUCACGCCUUCCACGUUCCGCGUGCGCUGCCUCAAUGAGCUGGCCUCCUGGCCGUACGACCAGCAGAACUGUACAAUCAUCCUGUCCUCUUGGUCGCUCGACACGGACAGCCACCAGGUGGAGCCGGCGGCUUACGACGGGAAACUGGUGACGGCUGGCGAUAUGAUACAGACAGAGUCACACUGGAAGGCGGUGGACGUCAAGGGUUACUUGGUGAACGGCACUUACAGCGCAGCCGCUGACACGACAUGGCACGAGCUCUUCAUAGAGCUGCACGUGGCCCGUGUGUCAAUGCUGUACGCCGUUUCAUUUAUCCUCCCUUGCGUUGCCCUGGCUAUCCACAUACUGGUCGUAUUCUGGCUACCACCCGACUCGUCUGCCAAGAUUAAGGUGUGCACCAUCCACUCAGUGGCACUGGUGUUUUUCCUGAUCAACCUCUUCUGGUUCAUGCCCCCUGUGGGUGGAAACACAGUACCGAAAGUUGUGUCGUUCGCGGGCGGAAGUCUGUCGCUCAGCGUGGUCUCGUGUCUGGCGGCGGUGCUGGCGGCCAACCUGGUGACCAGGGUGUCCCCACCGCCGGCGCCACUGCUGGCGCUGUACAGCGGCGUGGCCGGCGUCGUGCUCCGACUCGGUGACCUCAACCAGCAGAUGCAGAGCACGAAGGCGCCGUUCGCCGAGGACGGCGUGCCGGUGCAGGACAAGGAGGCCCAGAAGGCGGUGCGUCGUGCCGAAUGGCUGCUGGUUGCCACCGGGCUAGAUCGCAGCUUUUUCCUAGCCCAGUUGGUAAUCUUCGUGCUGCUGGUGCUCUCCUGUCUGGCCUAGACUUGACCUGGAGCCGAGCCGGACGCCGUGACCUGCUGGGGGUCGCCCAACGCGAGCUACGCCGCAUCAGUGACGCGCAGCUCGCAGCCGGUUCUGCCAGCGAACGCGCUCGACGCCGCGCUCUGUCAUCGCUCGCAGAUCCUUUGUUCCGGAGGUAGACGUGCCGGGCGUACUCAGGCAGAUGCUGUCUGCGCCUUGACUUGCGGUGUACGACAUUCAGACGCCAUUUCUAUAAUUAGUUAAGCAUCGCGCUGCUCUAGGCAAGUUCUUUCAGUUUGAGAGCAGCUUCAACAUGGCCAUAUGCAGGUGUUUUAUGAGUAUGAAGCGUUUGCUGGCAUGCACCUCAUUGCACUUAGCUUAUUGUGAGAGAACAUCAGGAUAUCUUACAUCGACAUUAACAUUCGGUCGGCUUCAGUAUCAGAAUGCACGGUGCAUAUCCUGUUUAAUACUGUUUUGGACAGGGGGUAGACGCCCAUACUUCUCGUGUACUCUUUGUUCGACGUUUUUUACUGUCUGCAAUACCGCGACAGACAUCAUGAUCUGAAGGUCACUUGUAGUUGCCCGAAAUCCUGUCUGUUAUGUUCCGAACUAAUCGUGAUAUUAUUGAUUCAGCUUAAUCACGACGAAUUUCGAUUGUAUGGACGCCGAUUUUAUCUACCCCCACUUUUUAGCACCUCACCUUAAAACGACGUGGUGCAUUGCCCGCGGCAGUAACUAUAGUGGUGUCUGGACUGCGUGCCCUCCCGCUUGAUCAGACGAUCCUCGGUCAACUGGCCGGAUGGCAGGUAUAUUGACACUGAAGCAGAAAUUGCAAGUCAGUGACGUCUAUUCAGGGCUUAGAUUGCCUCCUGUCGCCGGAGCGUGUGCUAGCCACGGCUGGCAGCACUCCCAGAGUGAUUGUCGGGUGUUUUCACUUCAGAUCUGUUUGGCCGCGAACAUCGAAAUCGUCUCAUUACCGCGGCGUCCCGCUUAAGGGAGACCGCAUUAAAUAUGAAAUCAUAUAUAAUAACUAAAUUGUGAAUCACGAAAUUA